CGAGCCCGUCAAACUUUGCCAAUUUUAACCAGCAAAGCAAUCUUGAGCUCCAUUGUCAACUCUCUCUCUCUUUCUCUCUCUCUCUCUCUCUCAAUCUCUCUACCUCUCAUGGCGGAUGACACCGAGGAUGUUUCAGAAGUCGGCCCUCCUCAACAGCUCCCACCUCCUUUCCUGGAGGUGGCGUGCAGAAGCUCCGGGAAGCGGAGGAGGUUCGCGGCCGGCACGGAGGCCGGGUUCGCCAUGCGGGUGAUGAACAAGAAGCUGGAGAGCGGGUCUCCGUUUGCUCUGUUCAUUGAGGCAGUCAAGGAAGGAGAGGAAGCCGUGACUUUCGGCCCGAAAUCGGCUCUCGUGGACUAUGGCUCUGGAUGGAGGUUGCAGACCGUCUCUGAAGUGGAUUAUGCUGGUAACUUACAUUUACUUGGAGGAUCGGAAAACCGCGGGGACGAAGGUGAAGGGUUUCGGCAACACAUGGCGCGAGCGCCUUUCCAGAACGCCGACGGUUCCAGCAUUGUGAAGGAUGGAGGAAAGCCCGUCAUCAGUUUGGCGUACCUCGGGAAAAUAUUAGUCGCAUUCAUUUUGAUAUUUGUUCUCGGUGCGAUUUUCACUCUGGCUCUUGAGUUUCUUCCCGUGUUAAUUUUGUCCAUCAACUCAAUCAUGUAAAGAUCCAUGAUCCGAGUUACAUGGAAUCAGUGUUCAUUGCUUCAGCUUA